AUGCUUUUGAACACAAUGCCCUUCUGUGGCUGGUUGAUUGUUCUUCUCACCUUGCUAGUCAAUCCGCUAUCUGCAAAGAGCUGCAAUGGCGUGGGAGCUAUCAUCGCAGCCGCUGUCUCACCUCUUCUGGAAGCCCAAUCUUUCUGCUCCAGAAACUUUCCACUGGCUACAUUGACAGUUGUCAGCCAGGCGAAGAUCAGCACUCAGACUUCCACUGUAGCAACUACAACAAUCACUGUGCCGUCGACGACCACCUCAACCAGCACCUUCCUGACAACGAGCACACAGGUCACAACGACAACGACCACUACGGUUGUCACAGUGACUGUGGGCACAUAUACUGCCACCUCUCCGACAAAUACCAACCCAGUGCACCACCACGCCUCCCCCAGCUGUCCUCGACAUCACAGCAUCGACAACAACCAGUUCCACAACAACGUCAAUCACAGUGACGACAAGCCUGACAAUUACCACGACCACCUCAACAACGACCUCGAUCAGUACGGAUCCAACCUCGACGGUUACAGUGGCAAUCCCAACAAGACACUAACGACGUUGGCUUUGUUUUACACAGCUGAUCGCGUUCCAUGUAACCCUUACGGCAACGAUUGUUCUCCCAAUUGUCGAUGCGAUCCCAUCGACGACCAAGGCACAUCUAACUACUGUGUGUCUAUUCAAGACUUCGAUGCAAAAACCAGCCCGUUUCCGAACGUCAACUGCGCUUAUUUGUGCACUUCAGACCAAGAUUGCGCACCUGGCUAUAUCUGUGAUCACGAUAUUGGUAUCGUUGGUUAUUGUUCGAAGCCCGGCACUCAGCAUUAUUGCAUCCAGGCUUAUGGCUGCACAUCGACCCAGCUUAUGCAAGUUAAUUCUCGGCGCGCAAGGGAUUUGCGACUCGCGGCCUUUGGUAAUGCUGGCACCCUUGCGCCAAGAGCCAGGAAGGUCCAGGCUGCACGGGCAAAGUGGCACGGGUUGGAUUGAGUCUUGUUGGCACGAGCAGCCCAAGCGGAGGUUUUCUCUGACCCCGGGGCGCAAUUUGAGCUUUGUGGAGGCAAAUACCAUGGCAUAGUUUAGCAUCCUUCCGCACAAAGAGGACCUGUGGAUUUGGGCAGAGAAGCUGACCAUCAUGAACCCAAAGGCGAGAUCAAGUCACCCAGCGUGUAAAAAAGCCAAUAUCAAGCA